CAGAAACUCUAGUUUUGUACAGAGCGCUUAAAUAAAGUGCCUACAAUAACUUAACCUAGCUUCAGACACUGACUGGGGGCUUCAACCUUUUGUAGAAUAGGCAAAUUGUGGACACUCCGAAAUGCAUUGGAUGAGCUUGAAACUAAGCUAAAUAGGACUGUGUCAACCAUUCAAUGUCUCAUGGAAGAGGAACAUUUCGAACUAGACAAAACAAAGUCUAUAAACUCUUCAAGCUCUUAUCAAGAGGAAAAAUCAACACAAAAAAGUGACACUUUACGAAAAAGAAUGGUUAAUACAGUGGAUGUUGACACUGAUGCCAAACAAUCUGAAGACAAAGCCAGUGACAGCCUGAGGACCAAGCACUACACUUGGAAGACUUGCGACUACUGGAGUUUACCCAAGUGGCGGCAAGACAACUAUUUUAUUCUCAAAGGCUACAGACCUUCGUUGCCAUCAUUCUGGGCGUGUUUCCUCUCAAUUUUUCGAAUUCACACAGAAUCGGGAAAUAUUUGGACUCAUGUGUUUGGAUGUGUACUUUUCCUUAGUUUAUUCCUCCACGUGUCACUGAGUUCUCUUCCACUAGAAGACAAGUUAGUACUGUCACCUUUCUUUAUCGGUGCCAUUCUCUGCCUUGGUUUCUCAUCGUCCUAUCACACUCUGAUGUGUCACUCACAAUCAGUCUCGUCCAUGUUCAAUCAUCUGGAUUACUGCGGAAUAACUUUACUCAUCAUCGGUUCCUUCGUCCCUUGGGUUUACUACGCCUUUCUGUGUGACAGUCGACUCAGGCUUCUCUAUAUUGCUGCUGCCCUCGCACUCGGCACCGUUACUGUUGUUCUCUCCCUCUCUCCGAGAUUCAUCACCCCAGUGUACCGUACAAUCCGAGCGACAGUGUUUGUUGCCUUAGGCCUCAGUGGAGUGAUUCCUGGUUUACAUUUCAUAGUGCUGAACGGAGUGGAGACUUUAAUUAGUUUUGCAGCACCGUUGCUCCUUUCUGCUUUCCUCUACAUACUUGGAGCGGUUUUUUAUGCCACUAGAGUUCCUGAAAGGAUCUUCCCAGGGAAAUGUGACAUCUUAUUUCAAAGCCACCAAAUCUUCCAUGUGCUAGUUGUAGUGGCAACUUUAAUAGACUACUUUGGAAUCAUUCAAAUUGCAACAGUCACUCAAUUUAGCAGAAACGACCCUAGCUUUUGUCCAAACAAGCAAUAUGAAAAUGAAAACCCAAUACAUCAAUAUUUAUGAUUAUAGUAGUGUUUUUCAAGCGUUGUUAGGACAAAUUUACUUUGCAGCUCAAUAGUGGAAUUACUAAAUUGGUUAAUCAAGGUGUUUUUGUGUUGAUCAGCCUGAUUUAAAUUAUUAGGUUAGCUACAGCAAUAAAAAAUAAAAGCUAUGUUUCAUAUCAGAAAAGUAUAUUACUCUAUUAAUAAACUCAGCAUUCUAAAAUAUUUAAAAAAAACACACACACAAAUCAUUCUGAGUUACAAAAUCUAGGCCAAAAAGUAAAAAAAUAUAUAGGCUAGCCUACACCUAAAAUACAACAUAAAAUAUUUUUUGCCAUGUAAGUUCUAGGGCUAUACAGUUACCUAUACAGCUUAUCUUGUAGGGAUGCAAAUUUGAGAAUUAGGACAAACAAAAACCCUAUAUGCCUAGUUGCCUUCAUGCAAAGCCGCACUAGAUAUACCUGGUGCGACCUUGCUUCAUGUUCUAAUAGAAUUUGGUCCAGACACUGUAAAAGGAUGAAUAUUCUUACUGUAAGCCCUAGUUGUAGGGCCUAGUCAAAUUAGAUUCAGAUUGUAUUAGCCUAUCGGUUUGAACCAUUUCAGACUAUUGCAGUUAACAGCAAUAAACAAUAGUAGGCUAUUAUCUACAACAAAACACACAAAAACACUUGGUUUUUCAUGUUAUGUGGCUGAAUAUCAAGAUACCUAAGUCAGAUGAAGAAAGUUUUCAAAUACUGUAUGAAAUUGUGUUUUGUGAAUUGUUUGGUAGGUACUGUAUUUAACAAUCUAAAAAGAUAAUAAACCAUCUGACCAA